AUGUCUAGCUCAGUUGUCAACCCUGCUGUCCAGGACAUGUUCACUGAGGCAGGUAGCAUCAUUCACCGGUUUGGCGAUCAGCAGCCAUAUGUCUCGAAGGAAAAAUAUAUGGGCAACGUGGAAGAGGUUGCUGGUCUGCUUGAAAUGAGCAGGCAAAAGCAUGCUGAACGAAUGAUGGACCCAGCUCAACAUUUUGAUAAUGCGGUUGCUCAUGCCCUGAUUCGGGAAGUCGCAGAAAGUGUCGAGAAGCCAGGUAAGGACUGUAUCCUGGCGGGGCUUGUAGAGCUCGCUUUCAAAAUUCUAUACAGUGCCCGCGUACCAAAUCCAGCGGCAACGAUGAGCCUUGGCUCGCUCAUCAGCGCAGCCGAAUCCAAGCUGCUCAGCGUUAGGAGCCAGCUCGUGGGCUGGCUAAGAGAGUGUGACGGGCUUGGGCCAGCUGAAAGGCGUAAACGGCUGGAAGAGAGUGAGAAAUGGAACACCUUGUCCGCCUACAUCGUCAUUGUCAGCUUCAUGAGUCUGCUUUGCAGCCGUCUCGGGGAAUCACGGUCGUGGAGACAAACUGAUGACUUGAAGACUUUGAGCCGCGCUGGAUUUCGUAUUGUGUGCGACUAUAUGCGGCUGGACCAGGACCGUAUGCUCCCAGCCGAGUGGCGUAGCUUGCUUAUGCGUACUAUCUUGACGUGGCUCGACAUAUCUAAGGACGACUUCCUCGUGGAACUCCUCGCGGAGCCAGCCCUGGGACAAAUGGAAAUCUGUGUCUGGCGUGAUCGAUUCGACGAUUUCUUUCACCACUUCCCAGCCAUUUUUGAUGGGGACCUCGAUUUCAAUUUUGCCGACCAGGUAAAUGAAAUCACCUUUUGGGCCGAAUUUGUGGAAUUCCGCCGCACAACCGAUUUAGUCGGUAUGCAUGUGGAGGGCUGA